AAUUUAUUUAUUUACGACUUUAAAAUCAAUGAGAAAUCAAAGUAUACUGUUUAUUUAUGUGAAUUUAUAUUUCUAUUAUGACGUAAACAAGACAUUUUUUUCGUGAAAAAUGAUACAAUGUUAAUAAUAUUAGUUUUCAACGCAAUAAUGAUAUUUCCCUUGGUGUCUACACAUAGUGAGACUAUUAAGAAUGAAGAAGAAUGCAAGAUAGCAGAUUUAUGUGUUCACGACAAGGUACCAAUGUGUGCUAUUGAUUCCUGCGGGGAAAUGAGAACUUUCAUAGAUACGUGCGACAUGCACGAGUUCAACUGCGAUAGUAAGAAAGAUUUCAAGCAAAGGCCUAUUCACGAAUGCUGGGUUACUUGUAAGAGAGGACGCUCGUUCAAGAAACCGGAAUUCAGAACUGAUUGUAACUUAAAUGUCAAAAACAGAAUAUAAUAAAUCUUUUUAAGAAAAUA